AUGGCUCGCCGAGGUCUCAAAAUAUGCUGCUUCACCUCUGUGGUAUUCUUGGCCAUUCUCACUAUCAUCAUCGUGACCUUAUCCCUCACGAUCUUCAAGCCCAAACAACCUCAGAUUACGGUCCAGCCCAUCGGCCUAGAGAACAUCCUGUUCAACCACACGUUAAGCAUGCUCGUGACGAUCGACAACCCUAACUACGGCAGCUUCGAGUACAAAAGCACGACCAGUUACGUUAACUACCGCGGGUCGACGGUGGCUGAGGUCCCCAUCGUGCAUAACAAGAUUCCUGCUCGGGAAAAAGUCAACAUGACCACUUCGACGAAUCUGAUCAUUGAUAAAUUGAUAUCGAACCCGAGUUUCGGGGAAGACGUUGCCUCGGGCUGCUUGAACUUCACUUCUACGGUGACUUUGCCUGGGAAAGUCGGUGUGGCUAAGAUCUUUAAGCUCCAUGCCACUGCUUAUAGCACCUGCUACAUCUUAUUUCACAUUCAGUCUAAGGCUGUGGACUCUAAUUGCAUUACCAGGCUAAAGCUAUAG